UGAGAGGGGAAAGGGAGAGAUAGAGAUCCUGGAGGAAAAUAAAAAAGACAGCGAAGUCAUACAGAAGAUAGAUCCGAGCUAUGGAGUUGAUGUGGCUAUACUCCUUGUGCCAGUGCACUCUGUGGGCAUCUUUGAUCAUACUCAGUGUGAGGUUGUGCAUGGCGGUUUCUGGUAGGAGCCCCAUGGCCCAGGAAGCAACUCAAGAUGGAAGCACGCGACCCAGGAGCGUCUCGUACUGUCUCCGGCUGUGCCUCGGCUUGGUGGGGACUGUGGACGGGGCAGUGGGAUUCCCUGUUGCUGUGUUACUCAACCUGCGAAAACCCCAGUGUCUAUACACCUGCAUCACGCUUGUGUGUUGCCCAUUACUUAUCAGGCAGUUUACCAUGUUCCUGUUAAUGCUACUUACAUUGGACACCCACCUACAACAUCAUUUGGCAGAGAGAUAUUCUUCAGUGGUGACCCGUCAGCGAGCUCUGUGUGUGGUCCUGCUGUGCUGGGUGGCCUCCGUUCUGUCCUCCUUCGCCCAGUUCUUAGGCCCAGACGUCCUCAGCCACUGGAGGAGCAGUGAGGCUGAUCAGGGAACAGCUGGCCUCGAGCUGGAUGGCAACUGGACAACCUCUCUCCCACACCUUACCAACACACCAUACUCCAGUUACCACAACAACCGCAAGGAAAUUGGGAAGUUUCUUCCAUACGGUGGCUUUUUGUCAAAGUUUUAUGUGAAGGACAUGGGCAACUUCACCUACGCUGAGAUUCACAGCAGCCACUGGGGCAUGUGUUCCCCCGACACUAUUAUCAGUCCCCAGUUCCUAGUCUUUGUCCACGGAAUGACAGUGUUUAUCCUGCCCUUGGUGUUCUUGUUAGCCAUUUACCUCGACCUGUUAUGCAUGAAGCCAAGAAAGACUCCAUUAAAUCAUGGAGAUCUUCAAAAGCAUGACUCUGGUUUUGUGCGUUUGCUGCUCCUGUCCUUUUCUCUCUUAGUUUUGCUUUGCCUGCCACUUUACAUUAUCCACGCUCUCUUGCUCUUUGCCCCAAAUACUCAUGUUCCUGCCUGGAUGCAUGCACUUUCCUUCUUCCUCUUCCAGAUGUAUGGUCUCGUUCCCCAGAUCCUCUUCACUCCUCCUAGGAAACAAGUGGAGGAAGGACAGCUAUGUUUCCCUCCUGCUGUCACAAACCUCCAUCCUGCAGUAGCUAAUUCCAGAGGGAAGUCUGUCCACAUGGCACUCCGUGAGGCGGUGCAAGCAGCUCCAUGGUCUUCAGCCAAACACUCCCUUAAAACCAAAGUGUGUCCAGAGGUCUAAUUUGUUUAUUCCUCUAGCCCCCACCCCCAACAAAAGUUUCUAACCUGCAUUUUUGUUUUCAUUGUUAACAAUUUUAAGAAGCUCAGAGAAACCAAACAAUAAUAAGAGAAUGGUUCCAUAUCUUGUUUGCUUCUUUGCAGAGAGA